GCUUUUUGUUGCAGGUCUCCCUCUUUUCAAUUGAAGUGCAUUUAUCGAUAUCUCAGUGUUAUGUGAUUUGCAUAAAUUAGCCAAAUAGGACAUAUAAACAAAACAAAAUGCGAGUUGGUAAGCUACUGCGAUUUCGCAUCACUUCUCUAAAAAGGUGCAUCAAGCAGCAAUAUGUGCCACAACAUAAACCGGUGGUGGAAGAUGAUAUAAAGCGGCUGGAGGACUUUUUGAUUUCGAAACCAAAUAUAGUGGUAUUGACCGGGGCUGGAAUCUCAACUGAAUCAGGUAUACCCGACUACCGUUCCGAGGGUGUCGGCCUCUACGCCCGCACCAAUCACAAGCCCAUCCAGCACAUGGAGUUCCUUAAGUCUUCCAACGUGCGCAAACGCUACUGGGCACGAAAUUUUGUGGGUUGGCCGAGCUUCUCCAGCAAAACGGCCAACGCAACACACUUCGCUCUGUCGCGCUUCGAGCGCGAAAUGCGCAUUCAGUCGGUGGUCACCCAGAAUGUCGAUCGUCUUCACACCAAGGCUGCCACCAAGAACGUUGUGGAGCUGCAUGGAAGUGGCUACGUGAUAAAAUGCCUGUCCUGCGAUUAUACCACUGAUCGUCACGAGUUUCAGAAUACACUGGCCUCCCUGAAUUCAACCAUUGGCAAUGUGCUGGAAAUGGUCCGCCCAGAUGGUGAUGUGGAGAUUCCCCUCGAUUACAUAGAAAACUUUAAAAUACCUGACUGCCCGAAGUGCUGUGGCGACCUCAAGCCGGACAUUGUCUUCUUUGGGGACUGCGUGCCCAAGCAGCGCCUCGAUAAGAUCGCUGAAAUGGUAUACAAUAGCGACGGACUGUUGGUGCUUGGCUCCAGUCUGCUGGUGUUUUCCGGCUACCGCAUGGUACUGCAAACCAAGGACCUUAAGUUGCCGGUGGCGAUUGUAAACAUUGGAGACACGCGGGCCGACCACUUGGCCGAUAUCAAAAUUUCGGCCAAAUGUGGCGAUGUAAUACCUAAACUGUUUGACUUUCGCAAGACUGGCUCGGCCACUAGCUAGCACCAGCUAUUACUUUCUAUACCCGCCACCACACACUAGUCUUACAAGGGCUUAUUGUUGACAGGGACACUGUCACUAACCAAAUAGUAUAGUAGACUCUCAACUUCUAUAAGCGAAACGUCA